CGUUAAGUCGUUGUAUCAACAUUGCAAAGACACUCUCAAUUUCAUUAACCAUUUUGUAAGAUAUUUUUCAAGCUUAAUUUACAGAGUUUUUUUAGCAACAGAAAGUCGUGAAAACCUUGAAUCCAUCAUGGCGGCAAACAAGGACUCCAAAAUCGUGCAAGACACUUCGAUGAAACUAGGUGAUGACAUUAACCUUGCCGAGCAAGACAAUGUCGAAUUGGAUCCCGACUUGGCCCAGAAUAAAUACCCAGACUUGAGCGGCGCCAAAUCGAUUAUGGCGAAAUACCUCACCAAAGAUGUCUUCGAAAGACUGAAAGAUAAGAAGUCCAGCACUGGAUUCACCAUUGCUAGAGCCGUGAAUACUGGAGUCCGGAAUAAACCAAAGUCUCUGAUGGGUUGCCAUGCCGGGGACACAGAUUCCUAUGCAGUGUUUGGGGAGUUUUUUGACCCAGUCAUUGAGGAAUACCAUCGUGGUUUCAAACCGACUGACAAGCACGUGACAGAUAUGAACGUGGAGCACUUGAAAGGCAAUAUUAAGGAGCCUGGGAAGAUCAUUUCAACAAGAAUCAGAGUGGCAAGAAACAUCACCGGAUUUAACUUGGCGCCAGGGCAGAACACCAAAGAUGAGAAGCUGGCGGUUGAAGCGCUGAUGCUCAAGGUCUUCGACAAACUGGAAGGGGACUUGAAAGGUCGUUACUAUUCCUUGGCCAAGAUCACUGAAGAAGAGCGCCAGCAGUUGGUCAGAGAGCAUUUGCUAUUUAAGGGUAACGACAAGAUGCAGGCUGACAGCGGGUACCAUCGCUGGUGGCCCCAUGGGCGUGGCAUUUACCUCAACGAGAACCGUACCUUUGCCGUCUGGUUGAACGAGGGUGAUCAUAUUCGAGUCAUUUCUAUGCAGCAGGGUGGCGACGCACGUUCGGUCUUUACAACUUUGGUCAAAGCUGUGAACACAAUCGAAGCUCUCGUGAAAGAAAUUGACGGCCGUAGUUUCCAGAAAACCGACCACCUGGGUAUGAUAACCUGUUGCCCCACCAAUUUGGGUACGGGGCUGAGGGGUGGGGUCCUUAUCCAGCUGACGAAGCUCCAAGCCAAGAUGGGUGAAGAUGGGUUAAAAGAAUGGGCGAACGCCAAUCAUUUGCAAGUGCGAGGUCUGUAUGGAGAGCAUUCUGACUCAUCUGGAGCGAUUUACGAUGUAUCAAACAAAUACAGAUUAGGUUAUUCUGAAGUACAGCUGGUUCAGUUUGUUAUUGAUGGUGUUAACAAGCUCAUUGAGAUGGAAGCCAGUGGUUGACUUGCCUUGAACAUUUGAAAGAAAGUUUAGAAAGUUUACUAUUCUGUGUUUUUAUGAAGCAUAUAAACCCAUUCUAAAAUAAUAUCUUGCACUUUUUUAUGCUUUUAUGUUUAGGUAUAAACGUUAAGUUUAUUCUCAUGUUAGUUAGAAAGUUUGAAACAUUGAUCAUGUAAGUAAGGAUAUUUAAUAAUUCAAAGUUCGCACAUUUGAGUAGAUUUUGUAAGUUUUUUUAGAUGU